GCAGAGGAGAGGUCCCAUUCAGUGAGAUUUCUGGGUCUCACCAUGGAAGAGCCAAGCGAACGAAGCCCCCUUCUGGGCAGCGGCAGCUACGAGGUUGCCCGUUCCCCGGGCAGCGGUGCCCCCAGCGUCUUCCGUGGCCGGCGCUUGGCCUGCGCCGCCGUGCUGUUGACUGAACUGCUGGAGCGGGCAGCCUUCUACGGCGUCACGUCCAACCUCGUGCUCUUCCUGAACGGUCCUCCCUACAACUGGGAAGGCACCCAGGCCAGCCAGGCCUUGCUGCUCUUCAUGGGGGUCACCUACCUGGUGUCACCCUUUGGAGGCUGGCUGGCUGACGCCUUGCUGGGCAAGUUCCCCACCAUCUUGGCCAGCAUGGUCCUCUACCUGCUAGGGAUGCUGGCCUUCCCCGCCAUGGCCAUCCCUGCCACCAUGCAGUGGCUCUGCGGCACCGUCUCCCUCUCAGCCGUUGAGAACUGUUCUACAUCCAUCAACACCACCGGUUCUCCGUGCCGCCAGGAGGGGAGCGCCCCCUAUUGCGGCGUUGCCGCCUUCAUCGGCCUGGUGCUCGUGGGGAUUGGCGUGGGAUCCGUCAAGGCCAACAUCACGCCUUUUGGAGCCGAUCAGGUCAAAGAUCGAGGCUCUGAAGCGACGCGCCGUUUUUUUAAUUGGUUUUACUGGAGCAUUAACCUGGGCGCCAUCUUGUCCCUGGGAGGCAUCGCGUACAUCCAACAGAACGUUAGUUUCAUCACAGGCUACAUCAUCCCGACCGUCUGUCUCGCGGUCUCUUUCGUUGUCUUCCUGUGCAGCCAGGGUUUCUUCAUCACAAAGCCCCCUGAUGGGAGCGCCUUCACGGACAUGUUUAAGAUCCUGGCUUACUCGUGUUGCUCCAGAAAAAGGCCCAGAGAACACUCGAGCAACGGGGACACCCAAGGAAUACUCCAGCAGCCUCCUGUAAAGCAGAGCCUCUUUGAGACGGCCAAAGCAUCUCGGGGAGGACCCUUCAGAGAAGACAAAGUCGAAGACGUGAAGGCACUUGUCAAGAUCAUCCCGGUCUUCCUGGCACUCAUACCUUACUGGACGGUGUAUUUUCAGAUGCAGACGACCUACGUCCUCCAGAGCCUGCACUUGAGAAUCCCUCAGUUUUCUAACAGCACGUCGAACACCCACGCGUUCCCGGCAGCGUGGCUGACCAUGUUUGAUGCGGUGCUUAUUCUCUUCCUGAUCCCUCUGAAAGAUAAAGUGGUCGACCCCAUCUUGAAGAGGAACGGCCUGCUGCCUUCGUCUCUGAAGAGGAUUGCGGUCGGGAUGUUCUUUGUGAUGUGCUCAGCAUUUGCUGCAGGAAUACUGGAAAGCAAUCGGCUAAAUGCUGUGAAGGUCAAAACGAUCAAACAGAAGAUUGGGACCGGGGUGUAUAAUGCCGCUGACAUGUCCAUCUGGUGGCAGGUCCCUCAAUAUAUCCUGAUUGGGUUCAGCGAAAUAUUUGCAAGCAUCGCUGGUCUUGAAUUUGCCUAUUCUGCCGCGCCCAAAUCUAUGCAAAGCGCCAUUAUGGGUCUCUUUUUCUUCUUUUCUGGAGUCGGGUCCUUCGUGGGUUCAGGGCUGCUAGCGCUGGUGUCGAUUCCGCAGAUCGGCUGGAUGAGCAACCACGUCGAUUUUGGUAACAUAAACGGGUGCCAUUUGAAUUACUACUUCUUCUUGUUGGCGGCUAUCCAAGGAGCAACCCUUCUGCUUUUCCUGAUUGUUUCUGUGAAAUACGACCACCAAAGAUCCCGGACUAAUGGAGUCGCUGCCGGUGGGCGGACCUGAUACGAUCUGCGGCGGAUAUGCUGUUUAUUUGACUGGUUUUUACAAAGAGCCGCCGGCUUGCAAGGUCUUUAAAAAAAAACGUUCUUUCAGUGGGGCGCUGUCUUUAAACCUGCAUGAUACACUGAGUUCUUGCCUCGUCCCUCUUUCCUUCCCUUGUAAAAGUAGGUAAGUGCCUUAUGGUUAGCAAGAUAUAUAUAUAUAGGCCUUGCCCUGAACUCUUGAGAUACGGGGCAAAACCUGUUUUCAAGUGCAUUUCCAUUUGGCAUUCAAGGCGCGCCACCCUCAUUCCAGUAUUUUUUCCUCCUGUUCGUCAAAGCUGGGAAUGGGCCGCCUUUGGAAAUCAAGACGGUUACAACCGCCGAUGGAUUUUUUUUUUUUAAAAAAAAAAUCUUUUAAGGACGAACCAAAGGAAGCGGAUGAAACCAGCGUUCGCAGUUCGGUUUUUGUGUUCUUUUCGCAAGCGUUCUCUCUUUUUUUUUUAAACCGAAGCAGCUAAAUAGAUGGGAUUGGAAACUUGUCUUGUUAAAUCGUAUGGAAAUCUGGCAGAGAAGGAAGGCAAUGGACGAAUAAACGGAAGAGAGUAAGACUUUAAUAUGUGUCUUCUUCGAGAAGCGAAGAUGGCGCUUCAGCCUUUUGCUUACGUUUAGACUCAUCGUAGAACGUGAGGUUCAUUCAGCCGCCGCAGAGACUGGUGCAUGUUUAAUCAUGUUCAGGUGGGAGACUGAGCUGGUAUCAGUAGAGAUUUUUGCCUUGUGCCUUGAAGAUUUUUUUCUUAAGGUAGGGAAGAUACUCAACUAUACAGAAAAACUGUUUUAUGCUGUGAAAAAAAACUAAUCUCUUACCUCCCGGUUGUGAGAUCCUUUUUUCCCCAGUUAAAAACUGAAAGGCAGAUGGGGAGAAACAACGCCACAAUGGAGAACUGAUUUGGGGUGAAGCUGGAAAGCCAUGUCGACGGAUGCUGUCAACUUGCACUUGGAUGAGUGCCUGGCAAUAGGUUGUGAGGCUGGGCCGCCACAAGUCAACAUCCAUGAGUCCGUCUUGACCACCAGGUCCACUGGGCGCCAGAUUUCUUGCAGCCUGCUUCUGCGCGAUUCUCCAGUUCAAACGUCACCUCCCAGAGAACACAACUGCUGUAUGGAUCCGCCUUGAGCCUUCCAGUGUGAUCGGACGGGCAAUAACGGGUGGGUUUCUUACGUGGUUUGCAAGUCUUCUUAAGAACGUACAAAAAAAAAAUUGGUAUCCUCAGCCAAAGUUCUUAAUUUUUUUUUAUUGGCUCUGUUUUAAUACUUUCCUCUGUAAUGAUACUGACAACUGUGACAGAGCAAUACGUCAAAGCAGUAUUUUGCACGGAGGUUAGCUAAAACAACACUUCAGCUACUCACAGAUGGUUUUAAAAGUUUCCUUCUGUGUAGGUAGUUCAGUUUUUUUUAAAAGCAUGUUUAAGCAUUUACUAGAAAACAGACCUUCUGGUUUCCCAGACACCUUUGUUAAAACUGGUUUACAAAACUCUUAGGCUGUGAGCCUGUGUUGCUAGGUCAAUAAAACGAUGCUGCGGA